AUGAAUAGUGCAAGUGUCAGUGAAAAAAGUGAUGAUGGUUUCACCGCUCUUCAUUUUAUAGCAAAAAAAAAGUAUUGUACAGAAAGCACUGAAUUUCUUAUUUCACAGGGUGUAAAAAUCAAUGAAAAAGAUGGGAAAAACACUCUUCCUGAAUUGUUUUUUAUGAUGUGGUACUAA